AUGGCUGGAAACAUGUUUAGUGCACCUUCAGAAGUAAAUAUAGCACUAUUCAACCUUCAUUUAGAGAUGGUGCAGGGAAAGAAGAGUCUGGCGAACUGUCAACUGCUUAGCAUGCAGCAAUAUGGAAGAACAGUCUGUAUCCCGCGUCAAGCAUCGUAUGAGUUCCUCUUAUUUUUUCUAACUACAGAGGAACACACAUGUGAUGUGAAUAGCUUCCUGAACCGUGUACCGCCUGAAGUCGUCAUUGAAGCAAAUACGUCGGAAGUUGCCGCCGGGACUGUCUAUCACGCCUUCUGUAAGAACACCGGUUACAUCUUCGAUGGACAGAGCAGAGUUGUCUGCAACGCCGACGGCACGUGGGGUUUCGAUCCAAUCAUGAGGUGUGUAAAAGGUUGUCCCAACUUCGCGGACCAAGACGAAAGCCUCAUUAUAGAAGGUAUCCUUCCUACGUACCAGCUUGGGGACAGUAUCACCCUCAGCUGUCCAGGAGGAACUGAGCUGGACCCCCCCGUCGAGAGGAUAACCUGCCUGGGAGACCGGUGGUCCGAGACCGAGCUUCCUCAUUGUUUGGACAGGUUCCCUUUCAGAUAA